GAGGCCCUGAGCCCCAACUGUCAGAAGGGCCGAGGCUGAGGUGGAGGAGUUUGGGGCUGUGAGUGCUUUCCAUAUAUCGUCUCCCGAGCGGUAACCCAGGAGCGGAGGCGAAGAGAUCUCGCAGGCGGCCGGCUGUGAGGAUUGACAGCUGGCCUUCUGGAAAAUCGCAGCCCCGGCUCCUUCGACCCCUCCCCCAUUUCCUGAGCCGAGGGGCCCGGGCGGCCGUGGGGCGGGGGCCGGGAGGCGCGGACCCGGAGCCGGGCGCCCUCUGCCGGGCGCGGGCUGCCGCUCGGGUACCGGCGGCGCUCGUUCUCAGGUGCUUUCCCCGAAGACCAUGGAAUCCUCCGCGGGGCCUGGGAUGCCUCUGCCCAAAUACUGCAGCGUCGCCCCGACCCUGAGGGCCCCUGCCUGGGCCGGCGCGGCUCCCCGCUGGGACCUCUCCUUCGCCUGCCCCUUCGCCCUCCAAGCGCCCUGGCUCCCUGGGCACAGCGCCCUCACCAGUUAUGCAGCUUAUCCCCCAUGUCUCCAUGUUGCUGACCCAGCAUGGCAGGGGCUUGGCUGGCUGGGAAGAGUUGGAGAUGCUGCUGACACAUGGGUCCUGGCAAGAAGGGAACCAGACGGCUUUUAUUACCGGGCUCAGAUCAAGGCUGCUCCAGAGCUGGAGAGGCAGGGGGCCCUGCUUGUGGAAUUUGAGGCUCCCCUUGUCACAGGCCCGAAGCUGCCAGCCCAGCAGCAGAGCGUGGUCUUAGAAGAUGAUGUUAUUCAGUUCUUGCCGUCCAUGGAUUACUCACUGCAACCUGGGGACAAGGUGCUGGCACCCUGGGAGCCAGACCGACAGCGGUAUGGCCCUGGCACUGUUCUCUUGGGCUUGGAGGCAAGAGACCCCAAGAGAGCAUCAAAAGAAGAAGAAAUUACAGUUCACUUCUGGAAUGGCAAGAUAGCCACAGUGCCUCUAGGUGGGGUCAGGUGGGUGCCCCCAGCUGUCUGGAAGAAGGCUGUGGAGAGGCUGCACAAGCCUUUCACCAGGGAGCACCCCAGUCCCCUCCUCUGGGCCCCUUGCUGCCCUCUGCUAGGGCCGGUCACUGGAUAUGUCUCCAACGGGCUUCCUCUGGGCACUCCGUUCCUGUGCCCUCCCUGCCACCCUUACGCCUGCUGCCAGCUGCUGUGCCAGGGCUGCCUCUGCUGCUGCCCCUUGGUUGGACCCACCUGGUGGCCUCUCACCAGGACCUCAGGGGUCACAGCCACAGAACGUCCAGAGGCAGAGCUGAAGCCCACAGCACAGCUUUUGCCCCUAGAGGGUCCUAAAGAGGAGGAAGUAGCAGUGCAAGCUCCUAUGGCUGUUCCUUCCUCCUCCUCCUCCUCUUGUGAAGAAGAGGAUUUGGAGAAUGAUCUGGAGAUGGGCCUCCCCCAGAGGCUGAUGGUGGACAGCACAGUCAACACAGACCCCAUCCUUCUGGAGAAGUCUCCGAGGAGGCAGAGCGGCCUCUGCCAGCCUGAGUGGAGGUCCUGGAGGAGAAAUGGGCCUGAGCCGCACCCUGGGAAGCCAGGUAUUCCUUCUUCUAAGGCAGGGCUGAGGCCACUGCUCCUUCCCUCUCACAUGUCUCUUAGGAAUCUGAUGCACACGUCCACUGUGCUGGGAUUGGCAGUAACACUUAUGAGUGUGGUCAUGUUGAAGGGGAGGCUGUGAUAAGAAGGAAAUGGUAGGUUUCCAUUUAAGCAAUAAAGCCCAGCAAGAAAGGACGGGCUGAUCUUUGCGCUAAGGUUUGCAUUCUCAUUUAACAAUUGUCUACAAUUGUCUUCUUUUUUCACUAGUCUCCACUGGCAGGGCACUGCCACUGUCUGUUCUGCUCCCCACCUUUUUUCUCGGAAGCCCUGAUUUUUCUCUAGAUGAAUAGUCAAAAUGCCUCCAGGUGUUGAUUAGAGUCUUCAAUGCCCCAAGGAGCACAGAAACUGGUCUUUAAAAUUGGUCAUCGGGCCCAUCGGGCCCUCCUGUCCAGGUGGGCAGGCCGUGUUACUGUCGCUGGCAAUCUGCAGCCGUCCCCAAACUUCUUUACCUUAGAGUGGUGGAGGUUCCUGGGCUUCUGUAAAAUAGGUCACUCCUAUUUCAAGUGGGAGGCGUUGGCAGAAGCCACUUGGAAACAGCUGUUUCUACUAGAUAUGCCCACCCAACAAGUGAUAAUAUGAUGAAAAUGGUGCCGAAAUCUAAGAGUUUUCAUGAUAAAUUCUCCAUAGCUUCCACUGCCUCCUGCUUCAGGACAGAGUGGAGAAAGAAAAGCUGUACCUAUCCAAAAGAGAGCAACUGAGACGGCACCAGGCCCAGCCUCAGGGAGAGGAAUGCCAGUGGGGUAACUAGAGGGGCCAUGGUGGUCAGACCUGCCCCAGGUACCCAGCCUGCCUUCC